AUGGACUUAGUUAACCAUAUGACAGAUAGACUGCUUUUUGCAGUUCCUAAGAAAGGUAGGCUCUACGAAAAAUGCACCUCGAUGCUGAAAGGUGCCGAUAUUCAAUUCAAUAGAUCUAACAGAUUAGAUAUUGCAUUAUGUCUCAACCUACCUAUAGCUUUGAUCUUUCUACCUGCUGCAGAUAUUCCUACAUUCGUUGGUGAAGGUAGAUGUGAUAUUGGGAUCACUGGUUAUGACCAAGUUAUGGAGUCCCAAGUUGACGUUGAUAUGGGUGUCGACUUAUCGUUUGGUAAAUGUAAGUUACAAAUCCAGGUACCUGUGAAUGGACAAUACACUAAACCAGAGCAACUUAUUGGCAAGACCAUUGUUUCAUCUUUUGUCAACUUAACAAGAGAAUAUUUUGUUAAAUUAGAAGGAGUUAAGGACGUCAGUGAAUUGAAAACCAAAGUUAAGUAUGUCGGUGGUUCAGUUGAAGCAUCCUGUGCUUUAGGCGUUGGUGAUGCAAUUGUAGACUUGGUUGAAUCUGGAGAAACUAUGAAAGCUGCAGGAUUGCAUGCCAUCGAAACGAUCUUGGAUACAUCUGCACAUUUGAUCUACUCCAAAAAUCCUUCACACCCGGAACUGUUGGAAUUGAUUCAAUCAAGAUUUGAAGGUCUUCUGGCAGCUAACAAGUAUGUUUUGUGUAAUUACAAUGCACCAAGGGAGAAACUCCCUGAGCUAUUGAAGAUCACACCAGGCAGAAGAGCUGCAACUGUCUCUCCAUUAGAAAGUUCGGACUGGGUUGCUGUUUCUAGUAUGGUUGAAAAGAAGAACAUUGCGAAUAUUAUGGAUGAAUUAAAGAGAAUUGGUGCGUCUGAUAUUCUCACAUUCAAUAUUACAAAUUGUAGAGUUUAA